AAAAGUCUACACGUGUUGUGUACGUAGUUAUCAGAGCACAGUUCCUUUACAAAACUUUAUUUUGAAGGUCAGUCAGUUCGACAAGGAAGUAAUUUGUAACAUUUUUCAAAACGAAACGACCUGUUACAAACCAAACGGUCCCAGAACUGGGAGUGUUCAACACUUAACUCCGUAACUUGCCGGUACAUGUCCAGCUGUGUGUUUGGCAGCCCAUUCAUGAAUGGGAGUUCAAAAAGGAGGAGCGGGCUGAUAGCCGGUGCUUUCCCCAGCGGUCUAGUACACCGAGCAUCUGAUGGAAGGAGUGGAGCCGCAGCCUGCUGCCGAGCAGUGUUUGGAGGGUUUCUCAAAGUUCCCGCUGUGGAUCAUAGAGUAUGUCUGGGCUCACCAGAUGAUCGAUAUACAGGAAGUUGUGGACCCUUCCAACUGGCCCGAUGUGGACUCCCAGCCUCUGAGCCUCGAAGAUUCCUGGAGGCUGCGUGUUGCCUCUGCCCGGGUCUAUUCCACCGUGAAGACCAGAGACAUGGAGCACUUUGAGAGAGUGAUGGGCUUUCUGGAAGCAACUUACAGACUUCUACCCAGACUGGUGGCUCCCAUCAAACACAUGAAGAUCAUGUUUGGCCUCAAGACCAUGGUCAUUAUGUGGAUGCUCAGGGAGGGCCGAGGAAUGGUUGAUACUGUGUUUAAAAUCAGCAAGUUCUUCCCAAGUAAACUACCUCAAUACCAGGAUCAAUGUAGCCAACAUGAAAUGUUCCUGAUGAGGAAGAACCAUGUGGACUUCAAGGCUCUGGCACAGGCCCUUGCUAUGGACAAGGACAAACUUGAAGAUUAUAUUAAGAAUCAGAUAGAGGAGCAGUAUGGUGAACAUUAUGCCCAGAAAGUAGAGGACAGACUGCUGCACUACCUACACCAGCUGGAGACUGUGUUACCAGGAGAUACCUACAUUGAUAAGAUACUGAAGCAAGAAAACCCUGCGACUGAGGAGGAGAAGCUGUUGUUGGAAGUCAUUACCUCUGACUCCACGAACAUAGCAACAACUCUAAAGAAACUGCUGCACUGUGAUGUUGCUUCCUGUCAUCCGGGCAGGAUUUCUCAGUCCUCUGCAAAUGGAACGAAUGGAAUGGAGAGCUCUCAACUCUCAAAGUCUGGUCGGUAUGGCAGCUCUUCAAAGGCUCUCCUCAAGUCACUGGAAGCCAAGACUCGCCCACAGUUACAGCCAGAGGUUUUUCAGGGACGAGAGGCGGCUGACCAAGUUGUGUCCAAAGACAACCCUCUUUUGUUGGAGAAUGACAAUGUUUCAGAUGUUAGCAGACAUCAACAAACAGAAGAGGAUGGUGAGGUAGUCAAGAGGAUGGAGGAAGACGGCAUUGACAAGGAAAAGGAGGAAAUCAGUCAGAGGAGCAAUGACGGUGGUCAGGAGGCUUCCUCCUCCCCUCAGUUCUGCUCUAAACACCAACGAUGGGUGAAGAGCAUCCUGCAGGAGUGUCCCGACGAGUGCUCCGAAGAGCUGCUGCUUCAGGCCAAUGUUUCUUCCUCUCCCCCACUGUUUCAGUCAUCCUCGUCCACCACUUCAUCACAAGACCUUACGCCCUCUGACCUCAGCCUGUGCCCCUCUGACCAACAGCAUCCAUCUUCACAGACCUCAGCUCAGGCAUCUAAACAAGCAAACCCUGAAGAUGAGCAGAAGCCUGGAUCAGCAAGUGAUGCGUCUCAAACGGAACUUCUACCACAGCCCUCUUCAUCUAGAGACACUCAGCUGCCCGUCCUGUUGUCGCCAGUGGUCAGGCUGAUAGACAUUGCCUCUGUCGGAAGGAUCUACCCUACCUUUAAACCCCAUCAAGCAGCUCCAAAUCACUUCGCCAUGUCUAGUAACGAAAGGGCAGAUUCUGCUUCCUGUCCUCGGGUACUAACUUCUCCACACCGCUCUGCCUCAAGGAACAAUACCAUACCUCGAGGAACAAUGAAAGACUUCAUGUUUGACCAACCAGACACUGUGGCCCCAACAAAUCCCCCGAACACAACGUACAAAGUGAAAACAGCUCCUUUAUCUCAUGAUGCAUCUACCUCAACCAGCUGUCAACCACCAACCACCAAACGUUUUUUUCCCAAACUUUCAAGAAAGUUCCGACGGGCUUGUACUACCACCAGACAUUCACAGGCUGAGCAGUUCAAAAAGGCCCCAUCUACCUUUAGGACGAGUUCGCCCUUACGUGACUUCAAUGUCUCUGGGUUUCCAGAAGGUUCUACCUCUACUGCUCAAUCAGGGACUCUAUCGUCAGUCUGUGCUGCUAACCAAAUCCCUUUAUCAACUGAAUUAUCUUGCCAAGUUGUCCCUCAGAACUCCAUCAAACCUCAUCCUCACAUACACAUCACUCCUUUUCAAUCAAAGACCCUGCCAUGCUCCACUGUCGUCUGCUCUACCUCCAACUCUGAUUGCCCGACCGUCAGUUCUGAGACCAGCAGAGUCCUAAAAGCACAGCUGAGGUUAUCCCUGCCAAGUCAGGCUGUGCUGCUGCAGUCCAAGCUGCUACAGCCCUAUGUGACUCUCAACAGACUGAGCACUCAGGAGUGUUACAGAGUGACAAAACGAAGAUCCUCCACCAGAAAUGUAGAUCCUGUGGUACAAGUCGGCAAUGAUGACAAUGAUGAGGACAGGAGGGAGGAUGAGGAAGAAGAUGCAGAUUCCUCUUUUGAUCUGAACACUCUUUACUCCAGUCAUUCUUCAAGUAGUGACAUUGAGGACUCGCUUGAUUGCGACCCUGAUUACAAACCUUGCUUCAAUAAGAAAAGACUUCUCUUAGAGUAUGAGACUGCAAGGAUCCUGAAUCAUAUAUAAAAACAUUUGAACAAUCAGACUUUAGCAUGACCUAUACUGGCUUUUUGACACCAAUACUGAUAUUGAUAUUCAGAGUUUAAGAAGUCAGGUAAUGAUAUAUUGACCAAUAGUAUUUUCUUUAACAUUAACAAACAAUCUUGAUACGCACCAUUAGAUUUUUUUUUUUUUUAAAGAAGUUAGAGAAGUGGUACAUUUUAUAGUGUAGAAUUGCCAGUGCUCUCUGAUGGAUAAAAUAUUUAAUGGUGACACUGUUUCUGAAUGACCAUAAACCUAAUUGUUACAUUUCUGUACCAUUUCUUGCUACUUAAAAAGCCACCAUCUUGCGUCUGUGUUCACUUAUUAUGGUAUUAUCUUGAAUGUUUGGGUUUUGUAACCAUAUCAAAUGGUUUAUGGAGGUAGAUUUGUUGACAAAUCAAUGACAAAUCAAAAUAAGUAACCCAGUGGGCUUCUCAACACAGCCUUGUGAUAUGUUAUUUGUCAGUCGGCCCAGCAACACUUUGGUCCAGGCUGAAAAAUCUCUACAACUGUCAAAUGGAUUGCCAUGAAAGUUUAUGAAGGCUUUUAUGGUCCCUCGAGGAUCAAAUAUAAUGAUAAUGCUAUUAGCAGAUCAAAGUUUUCACUUAAACAAGUGAAAUAUCUCAACAUCCACUAAGUGGAUUGGCACCACAGACGGUAAAAAUAAUGGACGAAGCUUCCGGGCCUGAAAAGCGAAGCCAAUGCAGAAGUGCCUUAAAGCUGCAUUCUAUCUAAUUUCCAUCA